GAUCCUGAUUGUGGAGCCCACCUACUCUUUACAUCUGACGGUCCACGUUAAACGCAUCUCGUUUCGAAUAAACGCCACCGAACACGAAAUAGAGCAAACGCCACCGAAUCAGGAACCUAAAAAAUUGCGAAGCAGCAAAGAUCAUCUUGCAGAGACCAAGAACCAUCCAUGGCGGAGGCGGACCAAAACCGAGAUACUUUAUCAUCAGAGGAGAAGACUGUGAAGUCGCCUAAUGUGUUACAACGGGUCAAUGACGAACUACAAGCAAUGGGUCAUCGUGAAAAGUCCAAGAGUCACCAUCACAAAGAGACUCAUGGAACAAGUGACGACAUUGAUCAGAACACACCAAUUGAUGAUGUGAAAGGGCCUGGUUUCUUUCAACGCGUCAAAGAAGAGAUCGAAGCCAUCCUUAAUGCUGUUACUCCCAAGCGUUUUUCCAAGAAGUGAGAAACAAAAAAAAAAAAACAAAAAAAAAAGACUCCAGAAGCUCAAUUUCGUAUCGUAAUGUUGUAACUCUAAUGUUGUUUUAGUUUUUGAAUAUGAGUUUCUUAACAAACAUUAUGAAUUAUGUGUGGUAGUUUGAAAUUGAUGAAUGAUCCUAUUUACAUA